GUGAAUGGCCGGGAAGCGGCCGGGCGGCGGCUGACUGCGGCGGCGCGGGCGAGCUGGGCGGCGGGCGGGCAGAGGUCCACUCGGGACGCGGGCGCGGGAACGACCGCGGACCCGGGUGUGGCCGGCACAGAGUCCUGCAGUCACGCGCGGGGCCCUUCCUUCCCGGAUCUGGAGGAAGGAUCGUGGAGCGCAGCAGGAACCGAAGGCUGUUUCCUUCCCGCGAAGAACCAUUACCAGGGAAGGUUACUGAAGAAAUGGCAAACAGUCUCUCACGAGGUUUCUUCAUAGAAGAACUUAAUAAAUACCGUCAGAAGUAUGGAGUAGUUCUUAAGUACCAUGAACUACCUACAACAGGACCUCCACAUGAUUUAAGGUUUACAUUUCAAGUUAUAAUAGAUGAGAGAAAAUUUCCAGAAGCUGGAGGUAAAUCAAAGCAGGAAGCAAAAAAUGCUGCAGCCCAAUUAGCUGUUGAAAUACUUACUAAAGAAAAUAAGGCAGUUAGUCCUUUAUCCUUGACAACAACAGAUACUUCAGAAGGACCAUCUACUGGGAAUUAUAUAGGACUUGUCAAUAGGAUUGCCCAGAAGGAAAAACUACCAGUAAAUUAUGAAGAAUGUGAAUUGAGGGAGCAGGGUCCCAAAAGAUUUAAGUAUAAAUGCAAAAUUGGGAAGAAAGAAUAUGGUAUUGGCAUAGGUUCCACUAAGCAGGAAGCAAAACAAUUGGCUGCUAAAUGUGCACUUCAGAAACUGUCAGAAGAGACCUCAAUGAAGACUGACCUUGUGCCCUCUGGUGCUUUUCCUGCUAACUCCAAUCACUGCGGAAGCACAGGAAGCCCUACAAGCACUGUUUGCUCUGAGUCACUAUCUGAAAAGGACUCCUCAUCAAGUGAAUGGACGAACAGUCACAGUAGUAACAGUUUAAAUGGUUCUCUGUCUUCUUCUAUGAAUGAUCUCAGAAAUAAUAAAAAGAAGAAAAGAGUAAGUUUGGCAGCUAGAUUUGACUCUCCCAGUGUAGAAGGAAACCAGUAUACUGAGGACUACAGGUUUGCCACGGAUUUUAAAGAUAUAGAACCAGUAGGCAAAGGUGGAUUUGGCCAAGUUUUCAAAGCAAGACACAGAAUCGAUGGAAAUCUUUAUGUUGUUAAACGUGUUAAGUAUAAUAACAAGAAGGUAGAGCGUGAAGUACGAGCAUUGGCCACAUUUAAACAUCCCAAUAUUGUUCACUACUACAGUUGUUGGGAAGGAUUUGAUUUUUAUGAUGAUCCUGAAAACAGCACAGAUAGUACUAGUAAUAGUCCAAGAUUAAAGACUAAGUGCCUUUUCAUCCAAAUGGAAUUGUGUGAUAAAGGGACAUUGGAUCAAUGGAUUGAAAAUAGAAGACAAAAAGUACCAGACAAAGCUUUGGCUUUGGAAUUAUUUGAACAAAUAGCAAAAGGAGUGAAUUACAUACAUUCAAAAGAAUUAAUUCAUAGAGACCUCAAACCAAAUAACAUAUUUUUAGUAGAUGAAAAACAUAUAAAGAUUGGAGACUUUGGACUUGUAACAUCCCUGAACAGUGAUGAACAGCGAACAAAAAGUAAGGGAACUCGGCGAUAUAUGAGCCCAGAACAGCUUUCUUCAGAAGAAUAUGGAAAGGAAGUAGACAUCUUUGCUUUGGGGCUAAUUCUUGCUGAACUCCUUUUCAUAUGUCCCACUUUUUCUGAAACAGUAAAGAUUUUUACAGAUCUAAGAAAUGGCAUCUUCUCUGAUGUAUUUGACAGCAAGGAAAAAAGUCUUCUACAGAAAUUACUCUCAAGGGAACCCCAGAAACGACCUGACACAUCUGAAAUACUGAAGACCCUGACCAAGUGGAAGGAUGUCUCAGAGAAAAAAAGAAACACAUAUUAGGGACUUCUGAAAAAAUAUCCAGCUUCUGAUAUGUGAUUUUCUUUUGAUUAUCUAAAAUCUAUUAGGGGAUAUUGAUGGAUAUUUACCUUUUAUUUUCAUUUUCUUCCCUUAUUUUUUUACUGCAUUUGAAGCCAGAUUUUCUUUUUCUUUUUUGGUACUGGACAUUAAACCCAGGGGCACUUUACCAUUGAACUACAAACCCAGCCCCACCUUUUUAACUUCAAAAACAUUCUUAUACUUGCUCUUUCCUAUUUCAUCUCUUUAUUCUGAUAAGGGGGAAAAAAACAUCAAAUUUUCUUCUUAUAUCAAUUACUGAAUUGACCAAUUAAUAUGUUUAUUAAAAGACUACUCUUUUUAGGUGCCCCUCCCCUCAGAAAAAAAAAAAAAGAAAGUAAAAAGAAAAAAGAUCUUUCCC